ACAUGACAAGUGAUGGACUUUUCAGCAAAAUAAUUCAGCUACUGAAAUUAAAAGAGAAAAUUAAGUAUUGCCAAAUUAGCGAACUCUCUAGAAGUCAUGGAUUACGAAGGAGAUUCUCCCCCGUCUUUCCAUCGCAUGAAAGAUAUGGCCAAAGAUGUUGAAGUCAAAGGAUUCAAUCCAGGAUUGAUGGUCUUAAUUCUUGCUGGUGGGCUGUUAUUGGUGUUCCUUGUUGGGAACUAUCUACUUUACAUGUAUGCACAGAAAACUCUACCUCCAAAGAAAAAGAAGCCCGUCUCCAAGAAGAAACUGAAGAGGGAGAGACUGAAGCAAGGUGUUUCAGCACCUGGUGAAUAAGUAUCCUGGACACACCGGCAUAUAUUCCCCUUGUUCAUUCUGAUAGAAUGUCUGGUUUCAUAGCCAACAGAUGCUUGGACUUUAUAACGUUACCAAUUUCCACCAUUAUGGGUAGAUCUUAGUCGAAAGAUUCUGCUAUUUUCGUAGUGACUUGGGAGUUGUUUUCAUGUAAGCUACUUACUUCCCUUCUUCUAGCGGAAUUAUUGCUCUUCUUAAUAUCCAAAUUUCUGGCAAUGUUAAUGCUU